GAGGCGCUGACGUCGUGCGGGAGGCGGAGGCGACGGCGACCUCGGCGGUGGCGGCGGCGGCGGCUCCGACCGAGACGGUUGCGCUCGCUCGUUCGCUCGGCGUCAUGGCGGCUGCCGGGGGCCGAUAAGCGGCGGGAGCGGGAGCGCGCGCGCGGCGGCGGCUCGUUACUUUUCUGCCUUCGCCUUUGGGUGCUUCAAGAAUGAAUUGAUUGUUGGAGCCACUCGGCGGGGAUCGCGCGUUUGGUGCCGCGGGCCCCGGGGGCUUCCCUUCCCUCGCCUCUUCUCCGCGCCUCUCACCCCGCAGGCCCCCUUCUCCUCCGGCCUGACGGACUCCCGCUCGCCGCCCCCGCCGCCCCCAGGACGCCCGGAGCCUCAGGACUGCGCGGCGGGCACGCCGAGGGUCGCUACCCCCCACCGGCCCCGCGGGCGCGCGGGGGAGGCCGCCGACCCGGCUCCCCUCCGGCCCCGCCGCGCCUCCUUCACGUCCGCCGGGUGACGCAGAGAGGGUCCCAGAAAGCCUGUGGUUACUGAAGAUUCAUCUGUGAACUUUUUAUAUUCAGAGGAGUCAGUAUUUAUAUUCGUCUUUUAAACUGGGAAGGUUUAUAUUUUAGAACUUCUUGUGAUUUACAAUGAAUGGACACAGCGAUGAAGAAAGUGCUAGAAACAGCAGUGGCGAGGCAAGCCAGUCGGAUGACGACUGUGGGUCAGCUUCGGGCUCUGGAUCUGGCUCCAGCUCGGGAAGCAGCAGUGAUGGGAGCAGCAGCCAGUCGGGCAGCAGCGAGUCUGACUCCGGGUCUGAGUCGGGCAGUCAGUCCGAGUCCGAGUCCGACACUUCCCGGGAGAACAAAGUUCAGGCGAAGCCGCCCAAAGUGGAUGGAGCCGAGUUUUGGAAAUCCAGCCCUAGUAUUCUGGCCGUCCAGAGAUCUGCAAUGCUUAAGAAGCAGCAACAGCAACAACAACAGCAAGCCUCAUCCAACAGUGGAUCGGAAGAAGAUUCCUCUAGCAGUGAAGAUUCCGAUGAUUCAUCAAGUGAGAUAAAAAGGAAAAAACAUAAAGAUGAAGACUGGCAGAUGUCUGGGUCGGGGUCUCCAUCUCCGUCGGGCUCAGACUCGGAGUCUGAAGAGGAGAGAGAUAAAAGCAGUUCUGACGAAACCGAAUCGGACUAUGAGCCAAAAAACAAAGUCAAAAGCAGAAAACCUCUAAGUCGGUCCAAGUCAAAAAAUGCGAAGAAGAUUCUUGGACACAAAAAGAGACAGCUUGAUUCAUCUGAGGAUGAGGAUGAUGAAGAUUAUGACAAUGAUAAAAGAAGUUCUCGUCGCCAAGCAACUGUCAAUGUCAGCUAUAAGGAAGACGAAGAGAUGAAAACGGACUCUGACGACCUGCUGGAGGUGUGCGGAGAGGAUGUUCCUCAGCCCGAAGAGGAGGAGUUUGAAACAAUUGAAAGGUUUAUGGAUUGUAGAAUUGGGAGAAAAGGAGCUACUGGUGCUACGACAACCAUCUAUGCAGUCGAAGCAGAUGGCGACCCAAAUGCGGGGUUCGAGAAAAACAAGGAGGCGGGAGAGAUCCAGUAUCUAAUUAAAUGGAAGGGAUGGUCCCAUAUCCAUAAUACUUGGGAAACAGAGGAAACCCUUAAGCAGCAGAAUGUUAGAGGAAUGAAAAAAUUAGAUAAUUAUAAGAAGAAAGAUCAGGAAACGAAACGAUGGUUGAAGAAUGCUUCUCCAGAAGAUGUAGAAUAUUACAAUUGCCAGCAGGAGCUGACAGAUGAUCUGCAUAAGCAGUACCAGAUAGUGGAGCGCAUCAUCGCUCAUUCCAAUCAAAAGUCAGCAGCCGGGUAUCCCGAUUAUUAUUGCAAGUGGCAGGGUCUGCCAUAUUCGGAGUGCAGCUGGGAAGACGGAGCUCUCAUUUCCAAAAAGUUCCAAGCAUGCAUUGAUGAAUACUUCAGCAGGAACCAGUCAAAAACCACUCCUUUCAAAGACUGCAAGGUAUUAAAACAAAGACCAAGGUUUGUAGCCUUGAAGAAGCAACCAUCCUAUAUUGGAGGACACGAAGGUUUAGAAUUAAGGGAUUAUCAACUAAAUGGUUUGAAUUGGCUUGCUCACUCAUGGUGCAAAGGCAAUAGCUGCAUCCUUGCUGAUGAGAUGGGCCUUGGAAAAACGAUCCAGACGAUCUCGUUUCUCAAUUACUUAUUUCACGAACAUCAGUUGUACGGUCCUUUCCUGUUGGUCGUGCCGCUCUCCACUCUCACCUCCUGGCAGAGGGAGAUUCAGACGUGGGCUUCUCAGAUGAAUUCUGUGGUGUACUUAGGAGACAUUAAUAGCAGGAACAUGAUAAGAACUCAUGAAUGGAUGCACCCUCAGACCAAACGCUUGAAGUUUAACAUAUUAUUAACAACUUACGAAAUUUUGCUGAAGGAUAAGGCAUUCCUUGGAGGUCUCAAUUGGGCAUUUAUCGGCGUUGAUGAAGCCCAUCGGCUAAAGAAUGAUGAUUCUCUUCUGUAUAAAACCUUAAUAGAUUUUAAAUCCAAUCACCGUCUCCUCAUCACUGGAACACCUCUUCAAAAUUCCCUCAAAGAGCUCUGGUCUUUGCUACAUUUCAUUAUGCCAGAAAAGUUUUCUUCUUGGGAAGACUUUGAAGAAGAGCAUGGCAAAGGGAGAGAGUACGGCUACGCUAGCCUCCACAAGGAGCUGGAGCCCUUUCUGCUGCGCCGAGUGAAAAAGGACGUGGAAAAAUCUCUCCCUGCCAAAGUUGAGCAGAUUUUAAGAAUGGAAAUGAGUGCUUUACAAAAACAAUAUUACAAAUGGAUUUUAACCAGGAAUUACAAAGCCCUCAGCAAAGGUUCCAAGGGCAGUACCUCAGGCUUUUUGAACAUUAUGAUGGAGCUAAAGAAAUGUUGUAACCAUUGCUACCUCAUCAAGCCACCAGAUAAUAAUGAAUUUUAUAAUAAACAGGAGGCCUUACAACACUUAAUUCGUAGUAGCGGAAAAUUGAUUCUUCUUGACAAGCUUUUAAUUCGUCUCAGAGAACGAGGCAAUCGAGUCCUUAUUUUUUCUCAGAUGGUGCGGAUGUUAGAUAUACUUGCAGAAUAUCUAAAAUAUCGUCAGUUUCCCUUUCAAAGAUUAGAUGGAUCAAUAAAAGGAGAGCUGCGGAAACAAGCUCUGGAUCACUUUAAUGCUGAGGGCUCAGAGGAUUUCUGCUUUUUGCUUUCCACAAGAGCUGGAGGUCUAGGGAUUAAUCUGGCCUCUGCCGACACUGUUGUUAUAUUUGAUUCUGAUUGGAAUCCACAAAAUGAUCUUCAGGCACAGGCUAGAGCACACCGAAUUGGGCAGAAGAAACAGGUGAAUAUUUAUCGUCUAGUUACAAAGGGAUCGGUUGAAGAGGAUAUUCUGGAAAGGGCCAAAAAGAAGAUGGUUUUGGAUCAUCUUGUGAUUCAGAGAAUGGACACAACCGGGAAGACAGUGCUGCACACAGGCUCCGCCCCAUCCAGUUCUACUCCUUUCAAUAAAGAAGAAUUAUCAGCUAUUUUAAAGUUUGGUGCUGAAGAACUUUUUAAGGAACCUGAAGGAGAAGAACAAGAGCCACAGGAAAUGGAUAUAGAUGAAAUCUUAAAGAGGGCUGAAACUCAUGAAAAUGAACCAGGCCCUUUGACCGUGGGGGAUGAAUUACUUUCCCAGUUCAAGGUUGCCAAUUUUUCAAAUAUGGAUGAAGAUGACAUUGAAUUGGAACCUGAAAGAAAUUCAAAGAAUUGGGAGGAAAUCAUUCCAGAAGAUCAAAGACGACGAUUGGAAGAAGAAGAAAGACAAAAGGAACUUGAAGAAAUUUAUAUGCUCCCAAGAAUGAGAAAUUGUGCAAAACAGAUUAGCUUCAAUGGAAGUGAAGGGAGACGCAGUAGAAGUAGGAGAUACUCUGGAUCUGACAGUGAUUCCGUCUCGGAAAGCAAGAGGCCGAAGAAGCGCGGGAGACCUCGGACUAUUCCUCGGGAGAAUAUUAAAGGAUUUAGUGACACAGAGAUUAGGCGGUUUAUCAAGAGCUAUAAGAAAUUUGGUGGCCCUUUGGAAAGGUUAGAUGCAAUUGCCCGAGAUGCUGAAUUAGUUGAUAAGUCAGAAACGGACCUCAGACGGCUAGGAGAAUUGGUGCACAACGGUUGCAUUAAAGCCCUGAAGGACAGUUCUUCAGGAACAGAACGAACAGGUGGUCGACUCGGAAAAGUAAAGGGGCCAACAUUCCGAAUAUCAGGAGUACAGGUGAAUGCCAAGCUAGUCAUUUCCCAUGAAGAAGAAUUAGUACCUCUGCACAGAUCCAUUCCUUCAGAUCCGGAAGAAAGAAAACAGUAUACUGUCCCAUUUCAUACGAAACCAGCUAAUUUUGAUAUAGACUGGGGAAAAGAAGAUGAUUCUAAUUUGUUGAUUGGCAUCUAUGAGUAUGGAUAUGGAAGCUGGGAAAUGAUUAAAAUGGAUCCUGAUCUCAGUCUAACUCACAAGAUUCUUCCUGAUGAUCCUGAUAAAAAACCACAAGCAAAGCAGUUGCAGACGCGUGCAGACUACCUCAUCAAGUUACUCAGCAGAGACCUUGCAAAGAAAGCUCAGAGGCUCUCUGGUUCCGGAGGUUCAAAGAAGAAAAAAAUAAGCACUAAGAAGAAUAAAUCAAAAUCUAUGAAAGUAAAAGAGGAAAUAAGAAGUGACUCUUCUCCACUGGCCUCAGAGAAGUCUGAUGAAGAUGAUGAUAAGGAUGAGAUCACUUCUGUGAAACAUCCAAAUAAAAAAACUAAAACAGAAAGAGACGGUGAAGAAAAACCUGAGCCAGAUGUUUGUAUAAAGAAGGAACCUGAAGAAAAGGAGAAUAAAAGAGAACUUAAAAGGGAGAUAAAAGAAAAAGAGGAUAAGAAAGAUAUAAAGGAAAAAGAUUGUAAAGAAAAAAGAGAAAACAAAGUAAAAGAAGCUAUGCAGAAAGAAAAAGACAUAAAGGAAGAAAAGUUAAGUGAAUCCAAGUCUGAAAGUAAGGAAAGGUGUAAGAGACCUGCCAUGUCAGAUGCUCCAGUCCAUAUCACUGCGAGCAGUGAGCCAGUGCCUAUAUCGGAGGAGUCGGAAGAGCUGGAUCAGAAAACGUUCAGCAUUUGUAAAGAAAGAAUGAGGCCCGUGAAAGCAGCAUUAAAACAGCUCGACCGCCCCGAGAAAGGCCUUUCUGAAAGAGAGCAGCUGGAACACACGAGACAGUGCUUGAUAAAGAUUGGAGACCACAUCACUGAGUGUCUGAGAGAGUAUACAAACCCUGAGCAAAUUAAGCAGUGGAGAAAAAACCUAUGGAUUUUUGUAUCUAAGUUUACUGAAUUUGAUGCAAGAAAAUUACAUAAAUUAUAUAAGCAUGCAAUUAAGAAACGGCAAGAAUCUCAGCAAAACAGUGACCAGAACAGCAGCCUGAAUGUUCAUGCAAUAAGAAAUCCAGAUGUGGAAAGAUUAAAAGAGAGUACCAAUCAUGAUGAGAGCAGCAGGGACGGCUACUCCUCUGAGCGACACUUGUCUCAGCACCAUGACCACCACAAGGAGCGGCAUCAGGGAGACGCCUACAAGAAAAGCGAGUCUAGGAAGAGACCCUAUUCCUGUUUCAGCAAUGGGAAAGACCAUCGGGAGUGGGAUCACUACAAGCAAGACAGCAGGUAUUACAGUGAUAGAGAGAAACACAGGAAGCUGGAUGGCCACAGGAGUAGAGAUCACAGAGCAAGCCUGGAAGGAAGUUUAAAAGACAGACCGCAUGCUGAUCACCGUUCCCGUCCAGACCAUCGGCCAGGUUCUGAAUACACACACCAUAAAUCUUCCAGGGAUUACAGGUAUCACUCGGACUGGCAGAUGGACCACAGAGUCUCCAGCAGUGGCCCGAGGUCACCCCUGGACCAGAGGUCUCCUUACGGCUCCAGGUCCCCAUUCGAACACGCAGUGGAACACAGAAGCACGCCUGAGCACACCUGGAGUAGUCGGAAGACAUAACAGAAGCCGUUAGGGCUGUCGUCUGGGACGCUUCUUGUAGCCAUAUCUCAUAACCAACACAGUAAUUGCCUUACGUGACUUGAAAGAUAUAAACAGAUCUUCUAUCAGUAGCAGUAUUGUUACUUCUUUCCAGGAUGCAAGGUCUAUUAUCCCAACAGAAAAGAAAAUAUUUUUAUAUUUAAGGAUUAUGCUGCACUGUACUACAAAUAUUGUAGUACUUUUUUUUUCUUUCUUUUUUUUUCUUUUUCCUUUUUUUUUUUUUUUUUUUUUUUUUAAGAAAUGGAAAAUGUUUACUAUUACAGGGACCUCAACACUGCCCUCCCACAGAGGCUGGAUAAAACUGUUUUUAAGUCAGUGAUUUUAGACUGACCUCCAUUUAAAUUAUGUUUGUAUAUGAACUUUACUCUGACCUGUGAUCAUGUUUCAGGAAGGAAUGAAAGAGAGUUCUUUUCUUAAUAAAGAAAAAACACUCAAGGACUUUAUUCACUUUCCAAAGCUACUUGUUUACAUUGUACACUGCGACCACCUUGCCGCUUUUCAUCACAAGCUUGAAUAUUUAAAUUCUGUACUUAUAUCUGUAAUAUAGCCAGGAAUCUCCUGUUUGUGAUCUAUUAUUAUGCCUUUUUACAAAAAAAAAUGACUGUAAAUUAUUGUAAAUGGAUUAAAUGAGCUUUCCUUAUUUUUUCCCUUCUCAGGCUUUUUUUGACUGUUCCUUUCCCUACCAACUCAGGCCUUCUUAUUAAAAAAUCAGUGUAAUAACACUUUUUAA